AUGAGCUUGAAAGAAGUAUUCGAACAACAUCCAUGGAGGUCAUUUAAGAAGUUCAAUGAAGCUGCAAAGAGUUGGGGAUUUACUAACAGAGCUGAAGUGAAAAGGUUCUUUGACAAAAAUGUUGUACAUCAAACAAAAAUAAACCCUUACGACUACUUUUUACCAAUUUACUCCAACACUCCUGACGCAUACCAAUUUGACACUCUCAUUCAAAGCAGAAAAGGAGGACAUAAACCAUUCCUCAUCUUCAUAAAUGUUAACACUCGUAAAGCAUAUGCAUAUCCAAUGAAAAAUAAAGGAACUCGUGAAGUGUUAAGAGUUUUACAAAAGUUUGUAGCAGAACAUAGCCCAAGUACUUUAACAUCAGACCAAGACAGUGCAUACCUCAGCAAUGAAAUCACAGAAUUUCUCAUUAAGCAUAACAUAACUCACUACACUACUGAAGACCAUAACCAUAACAUACUCGGCAUCAUAAACCGCUUCAUAAGAACGCUCAGAGAUUUAAAUCAAGAGCGAGACUUUACCGAAGAAACAAUGAAACAUUUUCUCGAA